AGCAAUCAGCACCGAUCGGCCGCGACGCUAACUCACCAAAUCGAAUGCCAAAUCUUGAUCAUUUGCUAAAAUCUAUAACUUCCUCUGUUUCCUACUCCACUUCAUCAACUAAAAAUCAACCACACGCCGAUUCACUAAACGCGCCGCCUACGUCGGUCACUUACUCCAUGUCCUCAUCCUCUACUUCAUCUUCAUCUUCUGCGCCUAAUGCCGCAUCCUCUUUCUCCGACUCUCCCUCACUGUCUUCCUCCUCUUCCACUGUCACCACUCAAGAUGACUCUACAACUUUUCUCGACUUUGACAAGCUAACACGCGCCAUUGUUGAUGAUUCCGUUUUACAGAAUUUCCGCAGUCAACAACAAUCUAGUGGACCUUCCACCGCAGUCGCCUACCAGACUGCACCGAGCGCCGCUAUGUCGCGCUCACUUUCGGUGGACAGUGAUGUGCGUGCCAUUGGUAACUCGGUAACGCAGAGUUAUAAUAAGCCACCGCCGCAAGCUCCCGCCCAGCUAACGCCACCGCAGCGUACACAACAAUUGUCACAGAUAAAAAACGCGCAUGUGCCCACUUCGCCAACGCCGCGCAUUGUAAUCGCGCGCGCGGAAGGUCAACGCAUCGCACCGAAUUCAGUGUCUUCUAUUAUUUCGUCGCUGGUGAUGCAGCCGACAAUCAAACCAACAACGAAUACGGCUUAUGAGGCGCUUGAUGAUUUCCUCACGAAGAAAUUCGGACAAACCACUACGAGUUAUACGAAAACGAAUACAGCAACAAAACUAACAAUAAGCGAGCGCAAUCGGCACCAAAUAGUGCAGCCACCGCAGCAACAAUACAACCAAAAAUUGCAAUCCAACUUCCAAAGUGUCGCAGCGAAGGCAACAACGAAUCUUGUACAAUCACAAACGAAACAACAACAAAACAAACUCAGCAGCAACANGCCAACAACGAAUACGGCUUAUGUGGCGCUUGAUGAUUUCCUCACGAAGAAAUUCGGACAAACCACUACGAGUUAUACGAAAACGAAUACAGCAACAAAACUAACAACAAGCGAGCGCAAUCGGCACCAAAUAGUGCAGCCACCGCAGCAACAAUACAACCAAAAAUUGCAAUCCAACUUCCAAGCUGUCGCAGCGACGGCAACAACGAAUCCUGCACAAUCACAGAUACAACAACAACAAAAGUUACCAGCACAAAAACAGCAAUUUAGUCAGCACUUUAGUCAGCAAUUUCAGCAAACUCAGCAGCAACAAAAACAACUGCAACAGUUACAGCAGUAUGCGCAGCAGCAGUUGAAGGAACAGCAAUAUUUCCAACAGUUCUCGAUAAAUGCGCGACCACAAGUGCAACAGCAGCAACAACAACAAGCGCCUAAGUCGAUACAGCAACAAUUUGGUGGAAAUUCAAUUUAUACAGCGCCACAGCAGCAACAGCAGCUGGCGUUGCAGCAGCAAAAGUCGACAUCGUGGCAUCAUCAACAACAACAGCAGCAACAACAACAAGCGCCUAAGUCGAUACAGCAACAAUUUGGUGGAAAUUCAAUUUAUACAGCGCCACAGCAGCAACAGCAGCUGGCGUUGCAGCAGCAAAAGUCGACAUCGUGGCAUCAUCAACAACAACAGCAGCAAGUGUCGCAGCACAAGCAAAGUCAGCAAUAUGCACAAGAAGAACAAACACAAUCACAACAACAAUAUCAGCCCCAAAAGUCGACAUCCACGCAAUUCUAUUAUCCUCAACAACAGCAGCAACAACAAACAUCACCUUUUACAAGCAACUUCUUCAGCAUCUUCAAUCAGCGGCAACAACCACAACUGCCACAAUUCCCUCCACUUGGCAAUACAGCUGCUAGAGCCACUUUUGAGAGUCCAACUCCAUCACAACAACAAUUUCCCAGCGCCAUUCUCAGCAAUAGUAUUGUGCCACCCGAACACGAUAAACAUCCAUCACAACAACAAUUUCCCAGCGCCAUUCUCAGCAAUAGUAUUGUGCCACCCGAACACGAUAAACAUGUGAAUAUUCAAUUGCCCGCGCUCACUGUCGGUCUCAUACCGGCGCCGACCGCGCUAACGCUAACCGCUCAACGACGCAUGGAUGUGGGCGCGGCUGCGGAUGUUGGUAGCUCUAGCGCGUCUAAAGAAGCGCUCGGCGACGACGGUGGUGCCUACACCGGCGUCAGUUCUUACGAUGUGCCACUGAGCAGCAUUGGCCGUCUGCCGAACGAUAUAACACAUCUGCUGAGACGAUUGCGCAAAGUCAAAUGAUGUUUUGGUUGGAAGGGAAGUGGCUAUUAGACGGCGACUAGCGGAAGAUGCUCAGGGUAGCUUCAAUAUUUGCCACAAAAUAUGCAUGUAAUUAUAUUUGUGACGUUCUUUAAUUUAUAAUUUUUGUAUUUUUAUUAUCCUUUUGAUUUUGUAUGAUUUCCAUUACUUAGUUCAAUACAGCAUACAAAUUGAAAGACAAAACUGCCAUUAAU